AUGUCGUUUAACAUCUCUUCGAUCGAGCAAAACCUCAUCUCUGCCGCUAACACACAACUGGCUCAGACAAAGCCUUUCCCAGUGGCUUGCGCAGUAAUGGUAGCCUAUGAUUAUGUACUCAAUGUUGAUCUCGAGAGAAAAAAGUUUACCUUAGUAUCAUGGAUUUAUAUCAUGUUGCGAUGGCUUAGUUUAGCAUUUGUCUUAAUCGAGAUUGGUACUCCGGUUUGGGUCACCUCCAACUACCUUGCCACCAUCAUUACCCUGCUUCUACAAGGAAUAAUGACGCUGCGAGUAUAUAUUCUGCUCGGGAAAAGCAGGAAGAUUCUAUCUGUCCUGCUCACCUCUUUCACAAUCGCCCAAGCUGUCAACAUCGGAUCAGCGCUUCUCAUGAUAAAGCUCCUUGUUGCUCCAAACGACGAUCCACUGGGUUCUCCCUUGAUGAAGUGGUCUAUAAUAGUGUACAACGCCAUAAUGAUGGCAUUUGAAGCCAUCCUAUGUGGCUUGGUUGUAUACCACGGGGCUAAGAAAACCCAAAUGACUUCGCAGACGAAGUCAUCAAAUGUCUACACAAUGGCUGUUGCUAUUUCCGAGGCCUUCUUAUACGGCGUAGUUGGUCCUUGGAUGAUCCUUAGUCUUCGGAGCAGGGACGAGAAAACCAUGAACAGUCAGACAUCUCAAUCACUCGAGGUCUCUGUCGUAAAUUUUUCACACACCCAAGACUCUUAUAUUGAAGAGGAGGUCUAA